GGUGAACAAUGAUGGAGAAAUUAUUGGUGACGUUAAUGACACGGCGAUUAUUUAUUCAGACAAAGAUUGGGAUCCUUUAGAAAACAAAAUUGCAUUGAAUUUUGAAUUGAAGCCAGUUAUUCCAAUGUUCACAGAGAACGUUAGAGAAGCAUUUAGGACAAUGAGUAUAGGACGAAGAUUGUUUUGAAAUUGUAUGCGAGAUUCAAAUUUCCGUUUGCUCCAUUAUAUGGCGGAUUUCCUGUCAAAAUGGUAACACAUCUUGGUAAACCUAUACCUUAUGAUCCAGGAAUUACACCUGAACAGCUACAAGCUAAGGUGGCAUCAGCAAUUGAAGAUCUCAUCAGUAACAUCAACGAAGGCCGGGAAAUAUAUUUUAUGCUCUACUAGAAGGAUACCAAACUUUAGGAAAAAGCAUUUAUAGAGAAAAUAAUGAUACGAAAAUUAGGCUGAGGAAUUCUUUGUAUUGUAACAGUGAUAAUAUUAUGAUGUACAUUUUUCUUCAUGUCAAGAUCUUCCUUAUACGAGUUUUGUGUAACCUGAAAAAAUGUGAACAUGACGUACUUUUUUUGU